GCUGGUCUAGUCUCAUGCAGUCUGUAAUCUGUAUUCAAUAUAUUUUGAUGAAGUUCUUGUUAGACUUUUACCAGCAAUUGCAAAUCUGUUUAAUUUUGAAUAUCAAGUCCACGCUGAUAAAAAAUUUGUUUCCCGCAAGUGGCUGAAUACCCACUGUCGGCGAGUGUGUUCCGCGUAUGCAACUUUAUUAUUUUUGAAAAGCGAGAAUGUCGUCCUUACCAGUUCCGCGUCGAUCGAAAUCCGCUAGUCGAUCCCCACUCCGUAGCGAAGAGCGUGAAAAAGAACCAUUCGCACACGAGCACUUCCAGUUGCUGCUUGUAUCCCUGAAGCAUGGGAAGAAAAAUUGGGUUUCGGACGAUUACAACGGUAUAUUACUGAGGCACGAAGCCUAUGGAGCGCUUGAACAUGCGCUCCCGAGAAAUGACAUGGAGACGAAAAUGCUGGUACUACUCUUUGGAACCAACAAGGAGAGUCCCAAUACAGUCCUGAAGGAUUUUUUGGAUUCCAUUGGACCACUUUUCAAACGGGACUCGGAUGACGGGAAAUUUGAAGUGCAUCCCGAAAUCAACGAGAAACGCGCCUGUGUAACAAUGUUUAACGGCCUCGAAAUGUCUUCCCAGCUUAUCAAAGGCCACAUUGAAGAGUGGAAGAAAUUGCCGGAGAAAAACCAAAAAUUAUCAUUUCCCCAUAAACAUAUGUGGAGCGAAUAUAGGCAUGGAUCCGUCGGAGCUAAAAUGCAGACGUUGUACCAUGAUUCAACUCGAAUGUUAUCGUCACAGAAAGUUGGGAUCAGCGAAACGGUUGUUUCUGGGCACGAUUUGCACGAAGAACGGAUUAAGGAACAAAAAAAGAAAAAGUAGCGAAUGACCUUUAUGAAGUGCUGAAUUUUUUCGUGUCGAUGCACGCUCAGAGAAAGA